CUCGGACAGUAUAAAUUCACCUCUGUGUAAAUGAUCAGUCCCUUUCUCAAGUAAAGCUGCCGUGCUCUCGAGUCUAGGCUACAAAGUAGCUUCGACUUAUUUUCACAUCAUGGCAGACCAGGCCUUUGUGACAUUGGCUACCAAUGACAACUAUGCCAGGGGAGCCAUGGUGUUGGGCAAGUCCCUGCACAACCACAAGACAGCCAAGAAAUUGGUGGCACUCAUCGGUCCUCAAGUGUCAGGGCCCUGCCAGGCAGUGCUGAAAAUGAUCUUUGAUGAGGUGAGGCUGGUGAAUGUGUUGGAUAGUGGUGACACUGCCCAUCUGGCUAUGAUAAAAAGACCAGACCUGGGCAUCACCUUUACCAAGCUCCACUGCUGGGCACUCACACACUACUCCAAAUGUGUUUUCAUGGAUGCAGAUACACUGGUGGUCUCAAACAUAGAUGAGCUGUUUGACAGAGAGGAGCUGUCAGCUGCUCCAGAUCCCGGUUGGCCAGACUGUUUCAACUCUGGUGUGUUUGUGUUCUGUCCAUCUCUUGAGACCUACGGCAAACUUCUUCAGUAUUGCACAGAGCAUGGCAGCUUUGACGGAGGGGACCAAGGGGUAUUGAAUGGCUACUUCAACACUUGGGCAACAGCAGACAUAUCAAAGCACCUCCCCUUCAUCUACAAUCUCAGCAGCAUAGCCAUCUACACGUACCUUCCAGCAUUCAAGCAAUACGGUAGCAACGCCAAGGUAGUCCAUUUCCUAGGCCAGACCAAGCCAUGGAGCUACACGUUUGACCCCAAAGAAAGGAAGAUCCAGGGGAACAUGCAGGAAGCCUCCUCACACCCCACCUUCCUACUGGAAUGGUGGACCCUCUACUCCAGCACCGUGGUGCCCAUGCUCCACGAGCAAUAUGGUGAUCAGCCCUUCAACUCUGGAUGUGUGGAGAUGAAAACGGACUAUGCAGCCCAAGAAGCCUUGUCCUCAGAAGAACGCAAGAAGAAAUGGGAGCAGGGUCAGGCAGAUUACAUGGGAAUGGACUCUUUUGAGAAUAUCCAGAAAAAGCUAGAUGCUUUUCUCAAAUAAAUUUGUAAUGGAAAGGAUUAUGAGAGCACAUGCAGUUUAAUAGAUUGAUUCCAUAAUUGGCUGAAAUCCAGUUCUAAAUUUCUUCUUUACUUCAGCUGCAUACCACGUCCACCCCAUACUUGACCCCUGUCACCUUCAAAGACAACUUAACACUGUUACAAUGGAAAAUUAAUUUGAUAACAAUCAGUGCAGGCCCCCAAUGCAGUUUUUUGUGUUGUAAUUUUGUUCUAAUAUACUAUCUACACUGUGAAGUUACUAUUCAUCAACAAACAUACAGUACUGUAUACCGGUGUACAGAUCUUUUUUAUUUGGGAUGAUUUUCUCACACAAUGUGAUAUGAAAUCAAUCCUAUCCAAGAAAAAUAAAGGGAGUCUACAACAUGAUGUCAGAAAGUUUGCCAAAUUACCUAAUAGGUUUUUGUUGCACUUCAAUUAACCCUUUCUGUAGGAACAUGGAUGGCAACACAUCCUCAUGUUUUCUAUACUUCUAAGAAGCAUUUAUUGCAUUGUCUUGCCGUCUUAUGUGAGUGAAUUUCACAACAUAGCCAGAGACUAAAUGUAAAUUCACAUCAAUUUAUUUUUAUUUUUUACCCUUCAGUCAGUCAAAUCUAUGAAGUAGCAUCUUUAUUAAAUCUCUGAAAUUUACAAUUCUUUUGUAAUGUGUGCUUUACCUACUGCCUUAGUUUUUAUACUGUUUAAAAAACCUUUGCCAAGGCUGAGAGAUUCACCUUUUUUAUUUUAACUCUGUGUAGGUUUUCAGUUGGCCUUUGGUCUGACAGCUGGACCCUGAAUGCCUGUUACACUCCAGCCUCUGGUGACAGCUCUCUCUGCACCUCCUCAUGGCAUUGCACCUCCUGGCUUGUCUCUUAGCUUGCUACUGUUUUACUUGAUCCAAAUGUUGUCUGUACCACAGCCCCUUUAUCUGAAAAAUAAAGAAUAGUCGGACCAGAA